AAUUUCGGCAUCUCGAUAAUCUCGAUCUGUUCGUCUCCACUCCUCCGGCGUACUAGAUUCGUCGUCCGAAAAUAUCUUCUCAACCGCGCCGCGGGUGUCCACCUUUUUAAUCGGCGACAAUGUCGAUGUCGAAGAGCUCCAAGAUGCUCCAGUUCGUAAACUACAGGAUGCGAGUAACGAUCCAAGACGGAAGGCAGCUCGUGGGGAAGUUCAUGGCCUUCGAUCGCCACAUGAACCUCGUCCUCGGCGACUGCGAGGAGUUCCGCAAGCUCCCUCCGGCGAAAGGGAAGAAGAUCAACGAAGAGAGGGAAGAUCGCCGUACGCUAGGGUUGGUUCUUCUCAGAGGCGAAGAGGUUAUCUCCAUGACGGUGGAAGGACCGCCUCCUCCUGAAGAGUCUCGUGCCAAGGCUGGCUCUGCAGUGGCUCUUGCUGGGCCUGGAGUGGGCCGUGCUGCUGGACGUGGAGUGCCUACUGGGCCUCUCGUUCAAGCUCAGCCUGGGCUUGCUGGGCCUGUUCGUGGAGUUGGUGGGCCGUCUCCGGGGAUGAUGCAGCCUCAGAUCUCUCGUCCUCCUGUGAUGCGGCCUCCUGGGCAGAUGCUCCCGCCUCCUCCGGCUUUUGGUGGUGGUCCUCCUCCGAUGGGGAGAGGCGUUCCGCAAGGUCCUCCGCCGAGUUACGGUAUGAGGCCGCAGUUUUCUGGACCGCCGCCUCAUGGGAUGGGAGGACCACCUCCGCCUCCGUAUGGGCAGAGACCGAUGGGACCUCCGCCUGGUGGGAUGAUGAGGGGGCCUCCACCACCUCAUGGGAUGCAGGGACCGCCUGGGCCUCCUCGCCCUGGAAUGCAGCCUCCUCCUGGAGGGUUUGCUCCGCCGCGUCCUGGGCCACCGCCGCCUAAUCCACAUAAUCAGCAGCAGUGAUUAGUUAAAACCUUGUUUUAGGGAGCUGUGGAUGUUGUACACAUUCAGCUUUUUUGUGGAUGAAGAAGAGAACAUGUGGUUGCAUCAAAAGUGUGGAAUAUUCAUAUUUCCUCUGUCAGAUUUAUUUUGGAUAUAUAAAAUCACUAUAUCUGUUUGGAUUUGCAAAUCUUGUCACUUCAUCCAUCAUCUUCUCUUCUGAUCAAGUUUAUUAGCUGAUAAAUCGACUUCUUCAACUUCCCUCGACCUUUGGGAUUGUUCAUUGUUGUUUUUUUGGUUCGAUGUUUUUUGAUUAACAUGCCUGAUACCACCUAUAAGGUCCUUAGCUGCGUUCAUAACCUUAUUACAUCUGCCAUGCCAAAGCGGAUGGCUUUGUAAAAUGUUAAUUCUUAUUCUGUUUA